CCGUGCUUAGGUGAGCGGUGUGGCUCGCUCCGUCUCCUCGGAGAGAGGUUCGUGUUGCGGGGUCCCCCAUUCGCACCGGGCAAGUGGUUAAAGUGAACAAUGGCCAGUAACCACAAAUCUUCAGCGCCUCGCCCUAUUUCUCGGGGUGGAAUAGGAUUAACAGGAAGGCCUCCUUCUGGAGUAAGACCCCCGUCUGGGACUGUUCGGGUGGCAACUGCAAGGCAGGGUUUCUCUGUGGAUAGCCGUGACUGUUCUGUAGACCAGGAUGGUCCCCAGAGGCAAAUUUUAGACAAAUCUUACUAUCUUGGACUUCUUAGGAGCAAAAUAAGUGAACUUACAACUGAAAUUAAUAAACUUCAGAAAGAAAUAGAAAUGUACAACCAAGAAAAUUCAGUGUAUUUGUCAUAUGAAAAGAGGGCAGAGACAUUAGCUGUUGAAAUUAAAGACUUUCAAGGACAACUAGCAGACUACAACAUGUUGGUAGAUAAACUCAAUACCAAUACUGAAAUGGAAGAAGUUAUGAAUGAUUACAACAUGCUUAAAGCUCAAAAUGAUCGAGAAACACAGAGUAUGGAUGUCAUAUUUACUGAAAGACAAGCGAAAGAAAAACAAAUCCGAAGUGUAGAAGAAGAAGUUGAGCAAGAAAAGCAAGCAGCAGAUGGCAUUAUCAAAAAUAUGUCUCCAGAAAAACAAGUCAAGUACAUAGAAAUGAAAACCACAAAUGAGAAACUGCUGCAGGAAUUAGAUACACUGCAGCAACAACUAGAUUCACUGAACAUAAAGAAGGAGAGCCUAGAAACUGAAAUAGCACACUCCCAGGUAAAACAGGAGGCUGUAUUACUACAUGAAAAACUUUAUGAGUUAGAGUCCCAUCGCGAUCAAAUGAUUGCAGAAGACAAGAGCAUGGGAUCACCAAUGGAGGAGAGGGAGAGAUUGCUUAAGCAGGUUAAAGAAGAUAAUCAGGAAAUAGCCAGCAUGGAGAGACAGUUAACAGAUAUAAAGGAAAAAAUAAAUCAGUUUAGUGAAGAAAUUAGGCAACUUGACAUGGAUUUAGAGGAACACCAAGGUGAAAUGAAUCAAAAAUACAAGGAGCUUAAAAAAAGAGAGGAAAAUAUGGAUGCUUUUAUAGAGGCUUUUGAGGAAACAAAGAAUCAGGAACUGGAACGGAAGGCACAGAUAGAAGCCAGCAUUGUCGCCCUUUUAGAGCAUUGCAGUCGGAAUAUAAAUCGUAUGAAACAGAUAUCCUCCAUCACCAACCAAGAGCUGAAAAUGAUGCAGGAUGACCUCAGCUUUAAAUCAACUGAAAUGCAGAAGUCACAGACAACAGCUAGGAACUUGACCUCAGACAGUCAGCGCCUGCAGCUGGAUCUACAGAAAAUGGAACUUCUGGAAAGUAAGAUGACAGAGGAACAACAGUCUCUGAAAAACAAAAUUAAGCAACUGACUGCUGACCUGGAGACAUACAGUGACCUGGCAGCUUUAAAAUCAUCAGCUGAAGAAAAGAAGAAGAAAUUGCAUCAAGAAAGAACAGUAUUAUCAACCUAUAGAAAUGCCUUUAAGAAAACAAUGGAAAAGCUGACGACAGAUUAUGAGACACUGAAAACACAACUGCGAGAAAAUGAGACACAUGCUCAGCUUACAAAUUUGGAGAGGAAGUGGCAGCACCUUGAACAAAAUAAUUUCGUGAUGAAAGAGUUCAUAGCAACCAAGAGUCAAGAGAGUGAUUACCAGCCAGUUAUUAAAAAUGUGAUGAAGCAGAUUGCAGAGUACAAUAAAACCAUCAUGGAUGCUCUACACAAUGCCAAUAGAAGCUGAGACUGAUGGACUGCAUGUAGAAGCACAUCCUCAAGCUUGCUGAAAGUAAACUAGCUUCCCUUUGAAGAGUUAAGCCCCAGGUUUUUGAAUGCCAUGGUUUUGUGAUCUCCUUAAGGAGAGACAUCUUGCAUAGUAACUAGUUCAAUAAAAGGUAUACUGUUA